AUGGCUGUGUCUGAUUUUUUGGUCAUUGUCUUCGGAGUUAUUUCCCUUCGGAUUAAACAUUUCUUCUUUCCAAUGAGUUUUCUGAACAUCACCCCUGUGUGUAGCAUCGUCUUCGUACUGAACGGCACAGUUACCGAUUGUUCCGUUUGGUUCACCGUCACUUUCACCUUUGACCGAUUUAUCGCCAUUUGUUGCCCGAAGCUAAAAACGAAAUAUUGCACCGGGGAAAAGGCGGCUAUGGUUCUCACGACAAUUGGCGUUCUGCUCUUCCUGAGAAACAUUCCAUACUACUUUGCAUACGAACCAAAAAAAAUAAUCGACAAUAUUCCAUGGUUCUGUCGUAUGAAGCCAAGUUAUUAUUUUGACCCCGGAUGGGUGGGAUUUGACUGGUUCGAUACAGUUUUAACUCCGUUGCUUCCUUUCGCUGUAAUCCUGCUGCUCAACGCUCUGACAAUCCGGUACAUUCUAGUGGCCAGUCGCGUACGUAAGGGAUUGAGAGGUCGGAAUAAAGGGGAGAAUAGCAGUGACCCGGAGAUGGAGAGCAGGAGGAGGUCCAUGGUUUUACUCUUCGCCAUAUCCAGCACAUUCAUACUUCUAUGGGUGACUGUUGUUGCAGAUUUCAUAUAUUAUCAGGUUAGAGGAUCAGGAGGAAAUUACACUGAAUCUGAACUAAUUUUCCUCUAUGUCGGUUAUUUGUUGAGAAAUGUCAGCUGUUGCACGAACACAUUUAUUUACGUGAUAACCCAGUCCAAGUUCAGGGAGCAGAUGAAGAGCGCAGCGAAGUAUCCGGUCACCUCAGUGCUUCGCAUUAUUAUGAAAACAUAG